UUGACGUUCCGGGGGGCUCGAGCUGACACUCCCUGCGCGGGGAUCUGGCUUCGUGACACCCACGUGGGAUGUCAAAGUCUGGAGACAGGAUGAAGCCGCGGGCCCCUGGACCAGCACCAUCAACUCCAGAGUCCCCGGGCAUCUGAUCAGAAACGCCCCUUCCCGGGCCCCGGCUCUGUCACUCGGGAGGAGGGGUGUCCCCCCGGGGGGGGGGUGUCUGUCUGUGGCGCGGCGCGGGAGUGCCCGAGAUCUCCCGCCCCGGGUUCGCGGUCACGUGGGCUCCCCCGCCACCCCCUCCCACACCGCUCGUCCCCGUCUUUAAAAGAAAGACCCGCUAACCGUCCCUUCGUGGUGGGUGCUGGCCUGGUCCCUGCCUCCUGCACCCAAAGUUCCUGGAAGUGGAGGAUCUGGCCCUGGCAUCCCUUGGCAUCCCGGUCUGCAUUCGAGUCCCGCGACAGCCAGCGGCGGCGAGACCCUCGCGGGGGAGGAUCAACACGUGCAUUCAGAGGAUGCCCAAAAAGAGGAUGUUCAGCUGCCAGGCCUUCCUCCUGACGGCGCGUCUCUGAGAACACAAUGUCCAUCUGCACCUCCGCUUACAAGGAUCUUCCUCAGCUGCUGCCUGCUCGCGACAUGGAGAUCAAAAACUCACCAUCAAGCCUUAGUUCGCCGGCUUCCUACAGCUGUAGCCAGUCCAUCCUCACCCUGGAGCACGGCCCCCUCUAUAUCCCUUCUUCCUACGUAGAGAGCCGCCACGAAUACUCAGCGAUGACCUUCUACAGUCCUGCAGUGAUGAAUUACAGUGUCCCUGGCGGCGCCGGGAACCUGGAAGGAGGGCCCAUCCGACAGACCGCCAGCCCAAACGUGCUAUGGCCGACUUCUGGACACCUCUCUCCUCUAGCGACCCACUGCCAGUCGUCGAUUCUGUACGCGGAGCCUCAGAAGAGCUCUUGGUGUGAAGCAAGAUCGCUGGAACACGGCUUGCCUGUGAGCAGAGAGACACUGAAAAGGAAACUCAGUGGGAGCAGUUGUACCAGCCCUGUUACCAGUCCAGGUGCCAAGAGGGAUGCUCAUUUCUGCGCUGUGUGCAGCGAUUAUGCGUCUGGCUAUCACUACGGCGUCUGGUCGUGUGAAGGAUGCAAGGCCUUUUUUAAAAGAAGCAUUCAAGGACAUAACGAUUAUAUCUGUCCCGCCACGAAUCAGUGCACCAUCGACAAGAACCGGCGGAAAAGCUGCCAGGCCUGCCGGCUUCGCAAGUGUUACGAAGUCGGAAUGGUGAAGUGCGGAUCCAGGAGAGAAAGGUGUGGGUACCGCAUAGUACGAAGACAGAGGAGCUCCAGUGAGCAGGCGCAGUGCCUGAGCAAAGCCAAGAGAAACAGCGGGCACGUACCCCGGGUGAAGGAGCUGCUGCUGAGCGCCCUAAGCCCAGAGCAGCUGGUGCUCACCCUGCUGGAGGCGGAGCCGCCCAACGUGCUCGUGAGCCGUCCCAGCAUGCCCUUCACCGAGGCCUCCAUGAUGAUGUCCCUCACCAAGCUGGCUGACAAGGAGCUCGUGUACAUGAUUGGCUGGGCCAAGAAAAUUCCCGGCUUUGUGGAGCUCAGCCUGCUGGACCAAGUCCGGCUCUUGGAAAGCUGCUGGAUGGAGGUGCUGAUGGUGGGGUUGAUGUGGCGCUCCAUCGACCACCCCGGCAAGCUCAUCUUUGCUCCAGACCUCGUUCUGGACAGGUCAUCAGAGGACCCUCACUGGCACGUUGCGCAGACGAAGAGUGCCGCCCCAAGGGAUGAGGGCAAGUGCGUGGAAGGCAUUCUGGAGAUCUUCGACAUGCUCCUGGCGACGACGUCAAGGUUCCGUGAGUUAAAACUCCAGCACAAAGAGUAUCUCUGUGUGAAGGCCAUGAUCCUCCUCAACUCCAGCAUGUACCCGUUGGCGACAGCAAGCCAGGAGGCGGAGAGCAGCCGGAAGCUGGCACAGCUAUUGAACGCAGUGACGGAUGCCCUGGUCUGGGUGAUUGCAAAGAGCGGCAUCUCCUCCCAGCAACAGUCUGUUCGACUGGCCAACCUCCUGAUGCUUCUUUCCCACGUCAGGCACAUCAGUAACAAGGGCAUGGAACACCUGCUCAGCAUGAAGUGCAAAAAUGUGGUCCCCGUGUAUGACCUGCUGUUGGAGAUGCUGAAUGCGCACACGCUUCGCGGGUACAGGUCCUCCGCUUCGGGGUCCGAGUGCAGCCCAGCAGAGGACAGUAAGAGCAAAGAGGGCUUCCAGAACCCACAGUCUCAGUGAUGGCCAGGCCUGAGGUGGACAGUCUACAGAGGUGUUCAAAGGCGGAACCACACACCCUCAAAGCUCGGGCUUCAUCUUAAUGGCUGCCUUGGUCAUGUACCCCUUCCCCGACGUUCCACUUCCCGGGAGUCAGGGCGGGUGGGUUGUGGCGUUCCUUGUUCCAGGGUGUACCUUUGAACUCAGAGUUCUGACUUGUAUAGCCUUAGAAGGCUCUUGAUGUGGCCCUCCUCUCACUUCGCACCUCCUUGCCCGCGUGGAAGACACCUUAAAGGUUCUGGGACGAAUAGUCAAAGUCUGACUCGGAAGGAUUGGCCUGAGAUGGGGGAAAGAAUGUGACGUGGGACACAGAUGUAAGAAACGAACUGUACAGUUAACUGUGUGGCUGUAAAGUUAGCCUUUGAGUGGGGUCUCCUGGACCCUUGAUUGUAGGGCGGAAAACCACACUGGCAAUCCACUGGCUUCACACUCCUACCUCGCAGGCCUGUGAGGAGUAACAACAUGCUACUGGUGAUUCCAUCAGAGACUGGAGGCAUAAUGGCCAGGCUCAGAUGUGGGCCUUGUCCCUCCUCCCCAAUCCUCUUGCUGUCCAUGUGCAGACUCAUCCUUCUGGCUUACCUUUGUAAAGCCUGCUUGUUUGGCCUGUCAGAGUGUGCCCACUGUCACAGAUUAAGAUUUAAAUUUCUGAUGUUCUUGAAGCUAUGUUGGUGUUCUCUCUCUUUUUUUUUUCUCUCUCUCUCUCUCUGUGUAUAUGUUUGAAAGGCCUCGUUUUUGCAAGAAUGGAGUUUAUCCUGUGGGUGUGAGUCAUAACACAUUGUGAAUGUAGAUUUCAUCUUGCACAGCAGAGGAAAGGGAUGGGAGACAGGAAUGCUUCAGGCUGUAGAUGUACAAUCCUCUGUAAAGAUUACACACACACACACACACACACACACACACACACACACAUAUACAUACCUUCAGGCCUAUAUAGUGUGGAUUGGAUGGGCAAACACCUGAACACAUUUUUUUUUAACCCCUUCACAAAGAGUUAUUUAGGGAUAAUUAUAGCAAAAAAAAAUAUUCUUCUCUAAACUAUAUAGGUCUCUUAAAAUAUUAUCAGAACAUUUGUGAGGUGGGUUGGAUGAAGCAAAAAUGUGAUUUGUAAUUCACGUUUUAGAAACUGGCAUUUUUGGACAGCUCUGCUUUGGAAGUAAGCAAUUAAAUGAUCACGCCGAUCGGAUGUCUUUAAGAGUAAAACCUGGCGAUGCAGUAUGAGGUAGACUUCCCUUUGAAAAUGGUGUUUCUGUGGUCAGUACAUCCUGUGUUUACUGAGUCAUUCAUUAGGAAGAUUACACUUAACGAGAGAGAACUUGAAUGUGUCUUAAUUUUGCUAUUGGUAUGCCGCUGCUAAAGCUGACGUUAGCAGCUGUGACAGAUGCAGGCCUAGGGAACACACAGGUGCUGGGGGUUCAGAGGCAUUUUGAAGUUAUUAGCAGUUCAGUGCUAUAGCCUGAGCGCAGCAGUACAGAAAGCAUCCCACUGCGGACAAAGGUUGGGUUGGAGGGCAGGAAGUUUGAUGCAAAGGCAGCCUUGAAAAACAUGUCAGGAAAAUUUUGUUUCUUUCUAAAGAGCCUGACGGACGAGAAUAAUAAAACAAUCAGAAACGAGCUCCAAGCUGCUGUCUAAUUAAUACCCAGUGAAGUUCUUGGUUGAAUUUGGAUGCCUAAUGAAGGGAUCAGUUUGAACUCAAUCAGUUACCCUCCCAUGGCAAGGCCAUUAAUUAGCCUGGAAUCUUUAAUCCUCCCUCAGGAGCCUGACAGAAUUCCAGGCGAGGACCACCACACCCAGCCGGUUUCUUAUUUCACAUCACUUCUACCUGCUCUUAAGGCUGCUCCUGUCACUCACUGUGCUUGGUUCAAUGGGAGGAGUCUUGGCUUGUGUCUCCCCCGGGUCUGGCAGGGACUCGGGUUAGCCCUGCCCGAGACUUCUCAGUACGGGGCUGUU